GAAAUGCAAGUACAGUGUAUGUGCUGUGCUGGCUGAAGGUGAAACCAUGGCAAGUACAUCGCUGUGUGCAACUAAUCCAUCAGCAUCUCAGAAUCUUCGGAAGGUGUCUGGUUUUGUAGAAAAUAAAACCACACAGUGCUCAUUUUCCAUUGAAAGUAUUUUAGGAUUGGAGCAGAAGAAGGAUGGCAUUGCAGCUGUGAAACCUCACAGACCAUGGAUGGAUGCAUGCACCAACUUGGUUUUAGGUGAUGACAGUAAUCCCCAUCUGCAAAUCCCUGUUGUUUCCUAUGAAAAUUCAUUAUUUCAUGCUAACAGUAAUCCAAUACAAGAGGAAAAAGUUUUGAAAUGUGACAAAUAUUUUUCAGUCACUGAAAGACUAUCUUUCAAACGAGAAUUGAGCUGGUACAGGGGUAGAAGACCAAGAACUGCUUUCACUAGAAACCAGAUUGAAGUCUUGGAAAAUGUUUUUAAAAUGAACUCCUACCCUGGCAUUGAUAUUAGAGAAGAAUUAGCUCGCAAGUUAGAUUUAGAUGAAGACAGGAUCCAGAUCUGGUUCCAGAACCGUCGUGCAAAACUGAAGAGGUCACACAGAGAAUCGCAGUUUCUUAUGGUGAAAAAUAAUUUCACCUCCAGCCUGCUAGAGUAGGAGCAAGGAUGGUUUGCCUUUAUGUUACUAUAACAGGACUUGAAGAAUUACUGGCAUUGUCAUUAUUUGUAUUAAACAAUGAUCGUAUAUUAAUUAUGAUUUUAUCCCUAGCUUUGACAGAUUAUGAUUUUUCACUCAAACUGUAAAUAUGUGAAGUAUUAUAAACUAAUUUUUGUGGAGAAAGUGAACUUUUCCUAUAUAUUUUAAUAAAUAUGUUCAGAAAAUUUUAGAUAUUUUUUGCAGUUAAAAAAUAAAUCAUAAGUUCUGAGUUGUGUAAGAUUUUCAGCUACUAUGAAUUACUUCAGGCUUCACUGAAGGCAACUAAGCUUCCUACUUUUGAAGUCUAUAAUUCUUAACAUGCAAAAUAGUUUUUGAUACAUGAAACAGAUUAGCUAUUUAAAUUCUAAUGAACAGUUUUUAAGAAGAAUAUGACCUCAUUUUCUAAAACAUUGCUCUCCAUGAAAAUAAAUGGAUGGUAUUAAACUGGUUUCAGUUUGAACAAUUGUUUCAUUAAAAGAAGCUUAAAAUUGUAAUCUUUUUAAUAUAUUUUAAUUCAUUUCUGUUUAGAAUAUUAUUU